UCGACGCUCGUCCAGAAGUUAACAAUGCAGCAGGUUUGAAUGAACAAGAAGUCGCUGGACUACUGUCGACUGCUACACCAGAAUUCCUAGCAGAGGUUGGCAUGGAAGACCGCGUCGAUGUUCUAGAACAGAGCGCCAAACUUGAAGGGCAACUGGGUGGCAAGGACGUUCUGGGAGGUUCAGGACCGGAUAACCGCCGCUCGAAUGCAACGUUGAAAUACGCGACAGCAUUUACUAACAGCAGUCAACAAGCUCGUCCAAUGUCGGCCUCUAAAGUGGAAGAGCAGGCUAUGAAUAGCGGGUUUCAGAAACACUAUGAAGACACGGCCAAGGAGUUGUACCUGUGUCGAUGGGGCUUUGUGGAGCAAGCGAUUUUUUUGAAAAAUCCGAAUGAAGGAGCUAUCUUCUACGUCUCGAUCAAUGGUAAAAUCCAAAUUUUUGCUUCAGUAGAGAAAAUCAAGUUCAGUAGAGAAAAUCCAAACUUUUGCUUCAUCAACAGCACAUGAUGUUGAUGUUAUUAAGUGCCCACUCAUCUUCCCACAUUUGUUCUUUUCACACGACCAGGUUCUCACGCUGCUGGCGACAUGAAUUCUGCUGGUCCCUCAGUGAUUCCCGGCUUCAUCUUGACCGCAGACGAGAAGAGUGGUUUCAAACAGUGGGCUGAUCGUCUAGCUUUGCUUUUCAAUGUGCCGUUUUCUUUCUACACAGACAAGUUCACCACCUGUGACUACAACAUUUUCGGUGGCGAGCGUGACACGACUAGUGUCUUCAAUCCGCGGGAAGAAGACACGUUCAAAUCCGCAGGCGCUGUCCCAGCUGCUUCUGUGGGAGCCCAAGGCGGCCAGUUCCUGUCCAGGGUGAGCAGGAAUUUGAGCGAAAUGCAGCAGCAACCAAGCAACUGGGGUGCGACGUCUGAUGGAGCCGCUUUGUUGCCGUAUCACCCAGCGCCGUUGCGCGAACAACGAAGGGCUGAAAGGCAGUUGUGGGGCGACGUGGAUUUUGAGCUGAAAACCGUAAUGCCUGUAGCUGAUUCGUUGGAUUUAACCGAUGGCCAGAAGAAGAAGAACUGGGGAGCUUCGAGUGUCAGCUUGAAGCACAUGUUGUUGACAUUGAG